AUGAUCAUCAUUCCGGGCUUGGUUUUUCUGCUGAGCGCCUGCACCUUUGCAUCAGGUCAGAUGCCGGGUGGAAGAGGAGGAGACCUUUCGCCCCAGAUGCUGUCGGAGAUGAGAGAAACCAACCAGGUGCUGAGGGAAAUCACAGACCUGUUGAGACAGCAGAACAAGGAGAUCAUCUUCUUGAAGAACACUGUAAUGGAGUGUGAUGCUUGUGGCAUGAGCACAGGAGCCACCGGGCCAGGAAUCAGCGUGACCCCUUUGAACAGGUGCUACCCGAACCCAUGUUUCCCCGGGGUGACCUGCACGGACACCCCCAGCGGCUUCCACUGUGGGGCCUGCCCUCUGGGCUACACCGGCAACGGGACCCACUGCAGCGACAUCAACGAGUGCACAGCGAACCCUUGCUUCCCCCGAGUCCAGUGCGUCAACACAGCUCCGGGCUUCCGUUGCGACCCCUGCCCUGCUGGAUACACCGGGCCAGUGCUGGAAGGGGUGGGGCUAACAUUUGCCAGAGGCAACAAGCAGGUUUGCAACGACAUCAACGAGUGUGAGUCGGGCACGGCCAGGACCUGCGUCCCCAACUCGAUCUGCAUCAACACCCGGGGAUCCUACAAGUGUGGUUCUUGCAAGACGGGCUUCGUAGGGGACCAAGUUUCCGGCUGCCGGAGCAAGACAGAGCGACGCUGCCCCAACGGAGAGCUCAGCCCCUGCCACGAGAAGGCAGACUGUAUCGUCAAGCGUGAUGGGACCCUCGCCUGCGUGUGCAUCGUCGGGUGGGCCGGAAAUGGCUACAUUUGUGGGAGAGACACAGACAUCGACGGCUUUCCAGAUGAGAAACUUCGCUGUAACGACAAGAAAUGCCGCAAGGAUAACUGCGUGACCACCCCCAAUUCUGGACAGGAGGACGCAGACAGAGACGGCAUCGGAGACGCCUGCGAUGACGAUGCUGAUGGAGAUGGGAUAAUCAACACAGAGGACAAUUGCGUGUUUGUGCGCAACGCGGACCAGCGCAAUGCCGACCAGGACAGCUUUGGCGACGCCUGUGACAACUGCCCCCACGUGAAGAACAACGACCAGCGCGACAGUGACGGGGACGGGCGAGGAGACCUGUGUGACGACGACAUGGACGGAGACCAGGUCAAGAACAUCCUGGACAACUGCGUGCGGAUUCCCAACCCGGACCAGAGGGACAGCGACCGAGACGGAGUAGGGGAUGUCUGUGACAGUUGCCCACUCAUUGCUAACCCGGACCAGAAAGACACCGACCAUGAUCUUGUUGGCGACCCCUGUGACACCAACCAGGACCGGGAUGGAGACGGCCACCAGGACUCCAGGGACAACUGCCCGUCUGUCCCCAACAGUUCCCAGCUGGACUCUGACCGGGAUGGCAUUGGGGACGAGUGUGAUGAUGACGACGACAAUGACGGCAUCCCAGAUCUGAGGCCCCCAGGCCCCGACAACUGCCGUCUGGUCCCCAAUCCCGGACAGGAGGACACAGAUCGAGACGGCAUCGGGAAUGCCUGCCAGGGCGACUUCGACAAGGACACGGUGAUCGACCAGAUUGACGUCUGUCCUGAGAACGCCGAGGUGACCCUGACGGAUUUCCGGGCCUACCAGACUGUGGUGCUGGAUCCCGAGGGCGAUGCACAGAUUGACCCUCACUGGAUUGUGCUCCACCAGGGUAUGGAGAUUGUCCAGACCAUGAACAGCGACCCAGGCCUGGCCGUGGGGUACACCGCCUUCAACGGGGUGGACUUUGAGGGCACCUUCCACGUCAACACAGCCACGGACGACGACUACGCCGGCUUCAUCUUUGGCUACCAGGACAGCUCAAGCUUCUACGUGGUGAUGUGGAAGCAAAUGGAGCAGACAUACUGGCAGGCCAACCCCUUCCGGGCAGUGGCUGAACCCGGGAUCCAGCUCAAGGCAGUCAAGUCCAAGACAGGGCCAGGGGAGUACCUCCGCAACUCGCUCUGGCACACGGGGGACACAGUCGAUCAGGUGAAGCUGCUGUGGAAAGACCCCCGGAACGUCGGCUGGAAAGACAAGACCUCCUACCGCUGGUUCCUGCAGCAUCGGCCUCAGGUGGGCUACAUCCGAACCCGCUUCUACGAGGGCUCAGAGCUGGUGGCCGAUACGGGUGUUGUCCUUGAUACGACCAUGCGAGGUGGUCGCCUAGGCGUCUUCUGCUUCUCCCAGGAGAACAUCAUCUGGUCCAACCUGCGGUAUCGCUGCAAUGACACCAUCCCCGAAGACUACGAGUCUUACCGGAGCCAGCGAGACUACUAACCCCGGCGCCUUCAAGGACUUGCUACCUGCUUUCUGCUCUCUUGCGAUAUAUCAGAUAUGGCCAACGGCCCCACAUUGCCUCGCUUUGCAUGGCCAACCAGGCCGUCACUCCCCCAACUCCCUUCUCCAGGAGCCGACGCGGCGCUCUCAGGAGCCUCCCAGGGAGUCCCUGGGCUCAGAAGGGAACUCACACACAGGACCACCAGUCAACAUGGCCUCUCCUACACAGUGCCAAUGAGCAGCUCGUCCAGAGAUGUGUUUUGUGAGGGAACUCCUAGCAUGCAGGGAGUAAUUACGGCAGGGAGCUCAGUUCCCCUGAGAAGCACGGUGCCUCUCAAUCCCAGUGGCAGAGGAGCAACAGCAGGAACAUAGCAAGCUGCCAUAUACUGAGUCAGACCAUAGGUCCAUCUAGCUCAGUAUUGUCUUCACAGACUGGCAGCGGCUUCUCCAAGGUUGCAGAGCAGGAAUCUCUCUCAGCCCUAUCUUGGAGAUGCUGCCAGGGAGGGAAGCUGGAACCUUCUGCUCUUCCUAGAGCGGCUCCAUCCACUAAGGGGAAUAUCUGACAGUGCUCACACUUCUAGUCUCCCAUUCAUAUGCAACCAGGGCAGACCCUGUUUAGCUAAGGGGAAAAGUCAUGUUUGCUACCACAAGACCAGCUCUCCUCUCCAGGAGAGAGGGCCUGCCUUCAACUCCUGCCUGUGGGCUUCUCAGAGGCAUCUGGUGGGCCACUGUGUGAAACAGGAUGCUGGACUAGAUGGGCUUCCUUGGGCCUGAUCCAGCAGGGCUGUGCUGAUGUUCUUAAGGCUGUCUGCCACAACUCUGCAGGAGUCACUGCUCUGGGCUUACCUCUUCCACUCCGUUUCUGCUGGGGUCAGUGUGUGUGUCGUCAUUCUGCCACGUCUCCGCAGUGGGUGCGAUUGGCGUAGUCGUUCCUGCUGCUGCUACAGAGCGGAGUUACUUGACCGCGGCGUCUCUGCUCAAGUCACUCAGGACAGCAACUCCUGCAGAUUUGAGCUCCAUUGCCCGCCCGCCCGCAAGAAGCACCAACCUGGACGCUUAAAGCCGAGAAUUCAGACACUGACCUUCAUGGGAACUGGGAAGAGGCACACCGGAAAAGGACAGCACUUCCGAAGUAGAGAGAAUUUGGGCAAUAAACACACUUUUUCUCCCACUGGGAAUGUCAUGCUGAUCCCUGCCCAGAUAUGCAGGGCAGGGUCUGGACAGGGCUGGCUCUGCGUCUGCAGGGCAAAGCGCCCUCCAAUGCCGUUCCCUCCCCACCCCUGGACUACGGGGGAGGAAACUUAGCUCAGUGGUGGCAGCAUCCGUCCCCUCCUCACAAUGGCCCACACGGGAGAUGCACAAGGAGGGUGAGACUUGGAAAUCUGAAAACCUUUCACGCCAAGAGGUUCUGCACCAAUCUGAUAUUUUUUAUAUAGUAUAUAUAUAUACAUAUAUAUAUAUACACACACACACACAUCCAUACACACACACACACUUUUGCUUUCCAGAAAAGCAGAACUGUGCAGCCAGAGAGAAAAACAGCUGAACUUUAUUACAUUUCAUUUACAAAUAAUGCAAAGUUACAAAGACAAAAAAAAGCCUUCACAGAAAAUAAUAAUAAUAAUAAUAAUGAAACAAACAAACAAAUGAACAAAAAAGAGAUCAAAAAGAAUGUACACAGAAGUUUUGCUGCUUUUUUUUCACAUCAUCGUCAUGUUCUUAAGUUUGCAAAAAGAAGAAAUACACACACACACGGUACAAAGCCACCUUUGGGGUUCCAAUUUUUUUUUUUUUUUUUGCCAAGAGAGAAAAAAGCCACAAUAAAUUAAGCUUCUAUGCUCCAGAGUUCCUGUGCUCCUGCCCCCAAGUCCUCCCCCCUCCCCCCAGAAAACCUGUAGCUUAAUGGUAGGAUUUGCAUAUAUCAGUAAGUUCAUUCCACUAGUCCUCAUGGUAUGUUUUUUUUUUUUUAAUCGAUCUGUAAAUAACAGGCUGUCACACAGUCUGAAAUGACAGAAAACCAAGACGCUUUCCUCCCCACUUCUCUUCACCCUCAACUAUGAAGUCUGUUUUGUAGCUGCCUGUAUGAGAAACUGCAGGGCAGCUGAGCUGCUGCUGCUGCUGCUGUUUGGAUCGACUCCAUUCUCUGCCUUCCCACCACUGGAAAUUCGGAAAGAAGGACACAAGUUUCCAUCCUUAAAAAAAAAAAAGCAACUGCAGCUUAAAAGCAAUCACUCUGCCAGCUAGAACUUUUUUUCCCUUUAACUCGCUAAGCUAUACAGAUGGGUAAGUCAAGCGAUCUGGGUGUCUCUAGCAAUGCAGCUAAAAAAUGGUUAUAAAUGUGGAUACUUGUGUUAAAUGUGUAGUUGCUUUUGCCCAUAUAGAGUUAGGAGCUAUUGAAGACGUUAAUCAUUUCUAAUCCCCCCAGAAAGAAAUAUUUUCACCUGUAGAGUAUUUGUGUUACAUAUUCCAAGAGCAAGUAGCAUCUCUGCCCAGCCCCACAUAUUCUCUUUAAAAGCAUGUACUGAAUGUUAUCCCCAUUCUAGGGGCAAUUAAAAUGUCAUCCCUUUGA